UUCAUUUCAAUCUUCGUCCUCCUACUCCCCCCCAUAGCCGCAUGAUCUCCUUCUCUGUCCUCCUCCUCCGACAGCGACGCCAAAGCCUCUCCUCCACCAUCAGAGAAAGCCACACUCUCACUCCUCCCACUAUCUCCGCCGUCUCUCAUGACCCUUCCGUCUCCAUCCCGACGCUCUUGUCGUCCUGUGCCUCCCUCCGGGACCUCGCCCGUGUCCAUGCCCACAUACUCCGGACCCACUUCCUCUCCUCCUUCCCCUUCCCCUUCUACUACAAUAACCUCAUCCGUGCCUACACCCGCCUCGAGACCCCCGGCAGGGCUCUCUGGGUCUACGUAUCCAUGUCGAGGGACGGCGUGGGACCCGACUGUUACACGGUUCCCAUCGCAGUAAAGGCUGCGAGGCAGUGCUACGAGUUCUUCCUCGGGCGGCAGGUUCACGGGACUGCCGUAAAGGUCGGGCUUGAGGGGAACGAGUGCAGCGAGAGUGGGUUCAUCAGCUUGUACUGCAAGGCGGGCGAGCUCGGCGACGCCCUCAGGGUGUUUGAAGGAAAUCCCGACAGAAAGUUGGGUUCUUGGAACGCGAUCCUCGCAGGUCUUGCCCAAGGCGGUCGAGCCGAGGAGGCAAUAUCCAUGUUCUUGGAGAUGAAGGAACUCGGAUUCAUGCCUGAUGAUGUCACCAUGGUUAGCGUCACGUCUGCGUGUGGUGCCCUAGGGGACCUGAAUCUCGCCCUUCAGCUGCACAAGUGCGUCUUCCAAGCUGCGAAGAGCAGUGAGGGGAAAUCCGACAUUCUGAUGCUGAACUCAUUGAUUGACAUGUAUGGCAAGUGUGGAAGAAUGGACUUGGCCCAUAAAGUUUUCUCGAGGAUGGGGCAGAUGAGGAACGUGUCUUCAUGGACUUCGAUGAUCGUUGGGUAUGGUUCCCACGGGCUUGUAAGGCAAGCACUUGAUUGUUUUAGUGAUAUGAUCAGGGCAGGAGUGUUGCCCAACCACGUGACCUUCGUUGGGGUCCUCAUCGCCUGCGUUCAUGGAGGUCUAGUCCAAGAGGGUAGGCACUACUUCUGUAUGAUGAGAAAGGUGUACGGAGUAGUGCCCAACUUGCAGCACUAUGGCUGUCUGGUUGAUCUUCUAGGGCGGGUGGGGCUGUUCAAGGAGGCGAGGGAGGUGAUAGAAACUAUGCCUAUGAAGCCGAACUCUGUAAUCUUCGGGUGCUUGAUGGGAGCAUGCGAGAAGUUUGGGAACGUGGAGAUGGCUGAGUGGGUCGCUAAGCAUUUAAGUGAUCUGGAACCGUGGAAUGAUGGGGUCUAUGUGGUUCUAUCAAAUAUUUAUGCAAGUAGGGGGCUGUGGGGAGAGGUGGAGAGGAUGAGGGUUGUGAUGAAGGACCGGAAGCUUGCAAAGGUUCCGGCUUAUAGCUUAACCACUGGCUUGGAUUGAUGCCGUGAUUGUUUGUGUCAGGGAGGAAUUUGAUAAUCGUUGAGGGGCCAAAUACCCCGAAGAGUAUCUUCAACUCUUUUAAAUGGUGGACCCGUGAUGUUAUAAUUUAAUUGCAUCUCUUUUGCUUGCAAUCCCCAGCAUUAUAGUAUGGUUGAUGAAUGAGCCCCCUGCGCCGUCGUGUGGGACCAUGCCAUCAGUGCUGGAUGCAGCCGAGCCUGCCUGAAACGCUCUUGACUACAUAGCAUUAUUCUUGGCAGCCACCAAUACAGGUUGACAUGACGAAGUCCUCCAUGAUAUGCCAGGCCUUGUUAUAAACUGCAACCUCACUUGGGCUGUCACUGUACCUUUCCCGUUUCCUCCUAAUAUCUUUGCAGCCUUCGUCUCGAGCCAGAUGUGCAGAAGGGUCCAUUCUCACAUUGAAAUCUUUGGUUUGGUGCAGUUGACAGAUGAGAUCGAGUGAUCUCUGAAUGCGUGGCUUUGCGGCAACGGAGAAUUAAAUCGAAGAGUGCUUGAUUUUGUUUGAACAUUGAUCAUAUCAGAAUUUUGUGCUAAUGUUCUCGUCAGUACGGAGAGGGCGUAUAUUGAGUUUUGUAUAAUUUCCUUA